AUGGGUAUACAUGAUGGAGAUGACAAACGGGUUAGGACCUCUGCUGCAGCUGCAGCAGGAGCAGCAGGAGCAGCAGCAGAUCCCCCUCCCCCUCAACAAGAUAACAGCAGCAGCAGCAGCAGCAGCAGCAACAGCAGCAGCAGCAGCAACAAUACAAGUAAUGAGAUAAAUCCUCAUAUACCUCAAUAUAUAUCUAAGGCCCCUUGGGACAGAUAUAAGGGCUAUGAUGGAUCAGACUUCCUUAUACCAAUAAAGGAGUAUGAAUUAGCACAACAAGAAAGAAAAAGAUUAAAAUUAAGGGAGCAGCAGCAGCAACUACAGCAGCAGCAGCAGCAGCAGCAGCAGCAGCAGCAAGAUGGUGAAGAAGCAGAGAAAGAAGCAAAAGAAGCAGCAGCAACUGCAGCAGCAGCAGCAGCAGCAGGACGUCCAGAUGCAUCAUCCUUAUUAGAGAAAGCAAAUGAAUUAAAAUCCAAGGCAGAGACACAAGCAGCAGCAGCAGCAGCAGCAGCAGCAGCAGCAGCAGCAGCAGCAGCAGCAGGAGAAGGAGAAGGAGAAGGAGAAGGAGAAAAAAGUAGAUAUAAUGAAUCAGGAACUGAUAAGGAGACAGAUAAGGAUACAGAUACAGAUACAGAUACAGAUACAGAUACAGAUACAGAUACAGAAGGAGAAGAAGAAGAAGAAGAAGAUGAGGAUAUAAAGAUACAUGAUUUUGAUAAAACUUCUGGUCUAUUUGCAUGGGAGGCAUAUAAGCAUGGACAAAAUGUUCAUUUUAAUGCCCAACCUACACAACUUGAAUUCUUAUAUAAAGAACACCAAAAGAAAAAAGCUGAGAUGGAGAAGGAGAAGAAGGAGAAGAUAAUAAAUAAAUACGGAGGAAUUAAUCAUCUUGUUAAUGACCCAAGGAUACUCUAUGCACAAACAGAGGCUUAUGUUGAAUACUCUAAGGAUGGCAGGUAA